AUGUAUCUCUUAUUAGGUCCACCAGGAGUGGGUAAAUCUUUUAUUAGUGAAAUGUUGGCCGAGGCUAUGGGAUUAGAUAUUGAGGUAAUUUCAAUGAACGGAAAAAAAGAGAGUAGCAUCUUUUUUGGAGUUCCCCAAGAAUGGGCUGGGGCAGGAGUAGGAGAAAUCUUAAAAACUAUGAUUAAAUAUAAAACCCGAGCCCCGAUUAUUCUUUUAGACGAGUUUGAGAAAUGUGAUAAAUCCGUCCAGCAAGUAUUAGGGAAUUUAACGGAUGAAACCUUAAAUAAAAA